UGGAAGACCCUAGAGAAAAGUAGACACAUUUCCAGAUACAAUGGCUGCGAAUUCCGCCGUUCCGGCUAAAAUGAAGGCUUGGGUGUACCGCGAGCAUGGAGACGUCGCCACCGUGUUGAGAUUGGACUCGGAGCUCGAGGUCCCAGAAGUGCAAGAAGGCCAGGUGCUGGUUAAGGUCCUCGCCGCGGCGCUCAAUCCGGUUGACACCAAGAGAGUGAACGGGGUUGUCCAGCUCCCGGGCUCUGCUUUACCGGCUGUGCCGGGUUACGAUCUCGCCGGCAUCGUGGUGAAGGUGGGUCGGGAAGUGAAGGAUCUCAAGGUGGGGGAUCAGGUAUAUGGAUUUAUGUUGAACGCCAAGAAAGACGGGACGCUGGCCGAGUACGCCGCCGGGGAAGAGGCGUUCUUGGCUUUGAAGCCCAAGAAACUGAGUUUCGAGGAGGCUGCUUCUCUGCCGGCGGUUUUUCAUACCGCCUACGGAGGCCUUGAAAGAGCUGGCCUCUCUCGUGGCAAGUCCGUCCUUGUCUUGGGUGGUGCUGGUGGUGUCGGCACGAUCACGAUACAGCUAGCUAAGGAAGUUUUUGGUGCAUCAAGAGUAGCAGCUACAUCUAGCACUGGGAAACUAGAUUUGUUGAAGAGUUUGGGUGCUGAUCUGGCCAUUGACUACACCAAGGUCAACUUUGAAGACCUCCCAGAAAAGUUUGAUGUUGUCUACGAUACAGUCGGGCAAAGUGCGCGGGCAGUGAAGGCCGUGAAGCCAGAAGGGAGCGUGGUGGAGAUUGUCGAGCUUGACAAGGAAUUACCGCCGCCCGCUUUCUCUUUCAGAGCAACUUCGGACCGUUGGACCUUGGAGAAGGUGAAGCCCCUCUUGGAGAGCGGGAAGGUGAAGCCGGUGAUUGAUCCCAAGAGCCCGUUCUCGUUCGCGCAGGUCAUCGAGGCCUUCUCGUAUCUUCAAACCAGGCGGGCAACCGGGAAAGUCGUGAUCCACCCCGUCCCGUGAAAUACACACACAGAGAGAGAAAGAAACAGAGCUGUCCACAUGGAUCGGUCUUAAUCCCGAGUCCUUGAUUUAGCAGUCGAUAGUGCUUGUUUUUUUGUAUGUCUGUAUGUUCAGCUGCUUUUUGCAGUCUAGUUUCCACAAAAUUCGGUUAGAGUCAAAGGUGUGAUGGAAGGUUUCAACCUUCCUAGUCUCCAUAU